AUCGGCACGAAUUGCGAAACAAGUGAUUUAUCCAAAACUGAUAAAAGAAACAUAAUAAUAAUAAAAAAAAAAAACCACUAAAGGCAGGAUUGGCUUGAAUUUCCUCACCUGUAUUUGAUCUCAUUGCUAUGAAAUUAGGGCUUAUCAUCCCUCAAAGUUAUUUACUUCCAUCGGUCGAUUGUCUUCACAGUCUCAAUCUCUCUCUCUCUCUCUCUCUCUCUCUCUCUCUCUCUCUCUGCAUAUACCCUUCUAAUUUAGCGGAUAUGAACGUAUAAUGGAAUCUGUGGUUAUUUGUUCGUCAAUCAAAUUCAUGAUCCUUAGAUAGGGGUCUCUGUAAAGUAUGAUAUUUGUUGGAUGCUUGGAUUUGCGAGUAGUUCUCUUGAUUUUGCAGAUAUCGAUGCAUGCCUUUUUUUUUCUUUUUUGGUAAGACAACGUUCGAUUCCCGUUAUUCGCAGUAAGAGUGGCCUAAUGGAAUCUGGAGCAGAAGCAUUGGUUCAAAGGAGAAGCCUUUAUCCUCCAAUUGAACCAUACAAAAAUGGGAUUCUAAAGGUUUCAGAUAUUCACACAUUGUACUGGGAGCAAUCAGGAAAACCCGAUGGACACCCAGUUGUUUUUCUUCACGGAGGGCCAGGAGGAGGAACAGCUCCUAGUAACCGGAGAUUCUUCGAUCCUGGGUUUUACCGGAUUAUUCUGUUUGACCAGAGAGGUGCUGGAAACAGUACACCACAUGCUUGCUUAGAGGAAAACACAACAUGGGACCUUGUGAAUGAUAUUGAAAAACUAAGAGAACAUUUGAAAAUUCCAGAAUGGCAGGUUUUUGGUGGAUCAUGGGGAAGUACUCUUGCACUUGCGUACAGCCAGUCUCAUCCUGACAAGGUUACUGGUUUGGUCCUUAGAGGGAUCUUUCUGUUGCGGAAGAAGGAGAUUGAUUGGUUUUACGAAGGUGGUGCUGGUGCUAUAUAUCCUGAUGCUUGGGAGGAGUUCAGAGAUCUUAUUCCAGAAAACGAGAGAGGUAGCCUUGUGGAUGCAUAUCACAAAAGAUUGAAUUCUGAUGAUCUCGAAACUCAAUAUGCAGCUGCAAGAGCUUGGACUAAGUGGGAAAUGAUGACUGCACAUCUUCUUCCAAAUGAUGAAAACAUUCAAAAGGCAGAAGAUGAUAAAUUCUCACUGGCGUUUGCAAGGAUUGAAAAUCACUACUUUGUUAACAAGGGUUUCUUUCCCUCAGACUCAUACUUGCUUGACAAUGUUGACAAAAUCAGACAUAUCAAGACCACUAUUGUUCAGGGGAGGUAUGAUGUAUGUUGUCCUAUGAUGUCUGCUUGGGAUUUGCACAAAGCAUGGCCUGAGGCAGACCUUACGAUUGUUGGCGAUGCUGGACACUCGGCAAAUGAGCCUGGAAUCGCAGCAGAACUUGUGGUUGCAAAUGAAAAGAUGAAAGCAAUUGUGGGAUGAAAGUAACUGAUCGAACGGUUUGUUAAUUUUCUUGGGGACUAAUGUUCAUAUUUUCUUGUUGUUGCGCAUGAGCAUUUAACGUGAAACCAAAGGUUGUUUUUUGUAGAAGUAAUACGUUGAAUCAGAUGGUUAUGUAAGUGGAAACUAGGCUUGGGCAUUCGAGCGUGAUUGGCUUUUUUGGGUUUUAGGUGUUUCGGUAUUAAGAAUUUAGGACCCAUUCGGAUAUAUUUUUUUGGGUGAAAUUGGUGGAUAGCAAGAUAUGGGUAGAAAAUUAGCAUAUAGACAACGAUAGAAAAGUAGACGAAAAUAACAAAAAGAUAUCUAUUGUUAAAUAGAUAAUGAUUAUCUACUCUUUUUGUCUUUAUUAAUUAAAAUUUGGUUACUAAGUUAAGCGAA